AGUUGGCCGCCUCCCUGCAAUAUUGCGCGUGUCGCCUGAUUAGCAACUAAACUGUCGAUGUUGUUUUUCAACACCAAAUAUAAAUAGACAAUCGCUCAUAAACAUUUUAUAUAUACAACAGACUCAUACAUAAUAACACUUUAUAUACAAUCGCUAUACUUCUUGAAAUAAUUUAAAAAUCUCCUUGCCGAAACUCGCCAGAUUACGGAUGGUCAUGACUGCGAGAAACGUAUAACCGCACAACCAACAACAAAAAAAAACAGAAGAAGAAAAUAAGCAAAUUUUCCUGACCUACUCGAAAAUUCUUAAAGGAAAAAGAAUCCGCACAUAUAAUUUUCGGGGAUUGGUAGGGAAGAGAGCAAUGCCCUUUCGGUGGUUCCUCCGGGGUCAAAAACCGACCUAAGAGCAUUUUUUUUCCGAAUCCCUCUACCCCCACCUACGCAGUGCACACGCACGGGGCGUGGCCUCAUCGCCAAGAGAACGCACUUGAUCACAAAAAGUUGCAUUGAUGCGUUGCACCUAAAACUGUUUAGACCGUUCCUACCGAAGAGUGCCUUACAACAAUUUUCAUCAUUGUUAUUAUUUCAAAUAUUAUUAUUUUUUCUUAUUCCAUCCAAUCAAGUGAAAAUGGCUCAUGCGGCCUCAGAUCCCGUGCAAGAGACUUUCAUUAAGAAUUUUAUUAUGCGUUACAAAACCGAACACCCUGAUGAAGUUUGGUCCAAGGUGCCAGCCAUGGUUGGUUAUUAUAGUGAAGCGGCAAUGCCCGUAGUGCCAGUGCAGACAUCCGAGGAUAUAUCUGUGAAGCGACUGGUCUGUAGUCCGGAUCUGCCCAUACCGAGUUUUCCUGGACAAACUCCGGUAGCGGAAAACAUCCAAUGUUCUCUGUGCAAUAAGCUUUUCAUUUCGAAAACAGCGUACCAAGCGCAUCAGCGUACACAUCAUAAGGAGGCAGAGGACCCAUACAAAUCCAGUCCGGAUCUGCCCAUACCUUCUUUCCCUGGACAAAUUCCGGUAGCGGAAAACAUCCAAUGUCCUCUGUGCAAUAAGCUUUUCAUUUCGAAAUCUGCGUACCAAGCGCAUCAGCGUACACAUCAGAAGGAGGCAGAGGAUCCAUAUAAAUGCAAUAUCUGCUCGAAGACGUUCGCUGUUCCAGCAAGACUGACCAGACAUUACAGGACGCACACCGGCGAAAAACCCUUCUGCUGCGAGUUUUGCAAUAAGUCUUUCAGCGUAAAGGAGAAUCUGAGCGUGCACAGGAGGAUACACACCAAGGAAAGACCUUACAAGUGCGACGUGUGCUCGAGAGCGUUUGAACAUUCCGGCAAGCUGCACAGACAUAUGCGUAUCCAUACUGGAGAAAGGCCUCAUAAAUGCACCGUGUGCUCGAAAACUUUUAUCCAAUCGGGUCAAUUGGUCAUCCACAUGAGGACGCACACAGGCGAGAAACCUUACGUCUGCACCGUUUGCCAGAAAGGUUUCACGUGCAGCAAGCAGCUCAAGGUCCACUCGAGGACCCAUACCGGCGAAAAACCGUACUCCUGCGAGAUCUGCGGCAAAUCCUUUGGGUACAAUCACGUCCUGAAAUUGCACCAGGUCGCCCAUUACGGCGAAAAAGUAUACAAGUGCACAAUUUGCAAUGAUACUUUCUCGUCCAAAAAGAACAUGGAAGCUCACAUCAAGAGCCAUUCAGAAAACGCAGCUCCGAUUUCGCCCCCGCAAUCAACAACUCCAAGUUCCGAAUCUUCGUGCUCGUCAUCCAGUGACAAGGAAAACAAGGAUGCCCCUAUGAACCUCACCCAGAUUCCAGAGCAACCAUUGAGUUACGACAACGAUUUCCGUUAUUAUUUCUACCAAAGAGAACAUCUCUCCCCCACAUCAUUUUCCUAUCUUCAUUACGGUAAUCCGUCCAGCGGUGUGGAACUCCUGGCCGCAGCGGCAACAGCUACUGAAAGAGUUCAGCUGGAUGCUGCAAACAGGGCGACUCCGCCAGACAUGGCCGUCCUCAACCUCAUCUCCAGGGGUACCACAGACGUAGCAGCAGCGUUGAGACAACAUCCUGCCUAUUUCUCGCAACCGGCCAUCCAUUACGACACCCCUCUGAAUGCUGGUGACGACAUCAGAAGGCGCGUCGAGGCUGCUCUUGCUGUGGAAGAAAUCGCCUCAGAGGGUGAGCCGAUCUUAACCCCUCCUAGCUCGAAUCCCGUCUCGCCCGCUCCCUCCGUCUCCCCUGAUCCAGAACUCAGUCUACCCCCGAGAAAACGAUCAAAGAUGAUCCUGAAAUCCAUGGAAAUCGCCCAGGACUUGUCACCGGUGCGCUACAGUUCAGUCAUUCAGUACGCUCGCGCAUCGUAGUGAUUCCCGCAAAACCAAAUUCAAAUUGAAAACAAUCAAUCCGUACUAUAAUUUUCGCUUUUAAUAUUAUUAUAUAAUACUACUAUGGCAAUGUUUCUAUUCGUGGAGGACUAAAUUUAGUGCAAGACACCAAAACUGUUUUUACGAAACAUUGUUUCUGUUUGUAACUUAUAUAUAGACUCUGUUUUUUUUUAUUUUUCUGUGAUAGACAUGACGUUUUACCUCAUUGCAGUGCCUCGGAUCCAUGAUCCAAGCAAUAUUACUAUUUAAUAUUAAUCAUAAAAAUCACACAAAAAAUACACUGCACUGUCUCAAACUAUAUAUUUAAUUGAAAAGAAACCGGAUUAAUUAGAAUUAAUCCAUUCACCUCAUACUAGUAUCUAAGUAUAAAAGUAAAUAUUGUGUAUUAAAUAAAUAUUAUUAUGUUGUUUUUUGAAA